AUGAGCGCAGCGUUGCUCCGGAGUCGGCUGGAGACUACGGCGUUGAGGAGGGUAUUGCUGUUGCCAGGUCGAUUCUAUACCUCAAAGUCGCCCUCUUCCUCCAGGUGUUCUGCUGCCCAAGUAUUGUGCCCCCGUCGCAGCCUAGUGCCUCAAUAUCUAGCGUCGCGUACCUUUUUCAAUAGUCGUAUAUCGUCUCGACACAAGUCAACAACAGCGGACUCACCCGAGGCCCGGCGAACAUCGACUGUCAUCAAUGCCUUCGUCAAAACAUUUACGUACUGUGGCUUUUUCAUUGUCAUGAGUGGUGCUGUGGUGCUGGGAUUCUUCAUCUACGAUGCGACUACGUACCGUGAACAACCUAGUGCCGAAGACAUUCCGGUCUCCGAAUUGGCGCUGAAUCCCCGACGCGGAGGUCCUAAGAACCUGCCCAUCGCCGAGUCCUUGGUGGGGGAUUAUGACUCUGAACAGAUGCAGGAACAAAAGGACAAGCCGAGAUUGGUGAUCCUUGGUACUGGUUGGGGAAGCGUUGCGCUUCUGAAACAACUUCGCCCAGGCGAUUACCAUGUCACAGUUGUCUCGCCCACAAACUAUUUCCUGUUCACGCCCAUGUUGCCUUCGGCCACGGUCGGCACGCUCGGGCUGAGGUCUCUCGUUGAACCUGUGAGACGCAUUAUCCAACGAGUUCACGGUCAUUUCUUGAAGGGAGAAGCGAUGGAUGUUAAUUUCUCGGAGAAAUUGGUGGAAGUGUCCCAGGUUGAUGCCAAUGGGCAGAGACAGAACUUCUAUCUUCCAUACGACAAGCUUGUCAUUGGCGUUGGAUGUGUAACGAACCCACACGGUGUCAAGGGUUUAGAGAAUUGCCAUUUCUUGAAGACCAUUGACGAUGCUCGUCAGAUCAAGAAUCAGGUCCUCGAAAACAUGGAGCUGGCCUGUCUGCCAACAACCUCCGACGAGGAGCGCAGGCGACUACUCUCGUUCGUCAUCUGUGGCGGAGGUCCGACUGGCGUGGAAUUUGCAGCUGAGCUGUAUGACCUGCUCAAUGAAGAUCUGCUGCAUGCCUUCCCCAAGAUCCUGAGGAACGAAAUCUCCGUCCACAUCAUUCAGAGCCGGUCUCAUAUCCUCAACACCUACGAUGAAGCCCUCUCUCAAUAUGCUGAAACCCGCUUCGCGCGUGACCAUGUCGACGUCCUGACGAAUUCUCGUGUCAAAGAAGUCCGCGAUGAUAAAGUCGUGUUCACUCAAGAGGAGGAUGGGAAGACUGUUACGAAAGAGAUCCCAAUGGGCUUCUGCCUGUGGUCCACUGGUGUCUCUCGAGCCGAACUUUGCCGAAAGCUUUCAGACAAGUUAGCAAGCCAGAACAACAGGCAUGCGCUUGAGACAGACUCUCACCUCCGCCUCAUCGGUGCCCCUCUGGGCGACGUGUACGCCAUUGGCGACUGCUCCACCGUGCAGAACAAAGUCGCCGACCAUGUCAUGUCAGCCCUACGAACGAUCGCCUGGGAGAGAGGCAAGGACCCUGAGAAAAUGCACCUUACAUUCAGGGAAUGGCAAGAAAUUGCCUUGCGGAUCAAGAAGCGUUUCCCGCAGGCCUCCAAUCAUCUCCGUCGACUAGACAAACUGUUUGAAGAGUAUGACACGGACCGCUCCGGGACUCUUGAAUUCAACGAGCUGUCCGAGCUCCUUCACCAAAUUGACACCAAGCUCACCUCUUUGCCCGCCACCGCCCAGCGCGCCAACCAGCAGGGCGAGUAUCUAGGCCGAAAGUUGGCCAAGAUUGCCGCCGCUCUUCCCGGUAUGAGAGCCAACGAGAUGGACUACGGCGAUUUGGACGAAACAGUCUAUAAGGCCUUCAAGUACCGACACCUCGGUAGUCUAGCCUAUAUCAGCAACGCUGCUAUAUUUGAUUUCGGUGGCCAUAACUUCAGCGGUGGUGUGCUGGCCAUGUAUCUCUGGCGUAGCAUCUACUUCGCGCAGAGUGUCAGCCUUCGCACCCGAGUUAUGCUUGCGAUGGACUGGGCCAAACGAUCACUUUUCGGAAGAGAUCUGAUGAGUUUCUAA